GCACCCCUACUAAUCUAUACUAAACGCGUAACGGUUGCUAUGUUUCAAUACACAUUCAAUUCGAAUGUUUGUUUUGAGUAGAUCGCAUUUAAUUUUUUUCAAUAUUUUUGCGAAUAAAACAGAAUUUUAAUAAUGGAUUUCGCAACAAAUACAGAAAAUGUGAACGAGGAGCUCGACUUAAUUGGUGAAAAUAAUCUUCUAGAAAUCAUAAAGGAUAUUUGCAGCGACUCGACCAGCAAGAUGUCUGUAAAAUUGAGGGGAAAAGUAAAUAGAAUUAUUGCAGAGACAGAUUUAAAGCAGCAUACGAGCUUGCACAGGGUCAGUACGGCCGAUGAGAGCACUGCUACGGUGCUAGGGUUCAUGCACCAAUCAGCUGCUGAACUAAGUUAUGAUGAGCAAGUCGAACUGAACCAGGCAAUCAUUUCCAAGAUAGAAAAGAGACUGCCAGCUAGCAUUACAGAGCUUGAGAAACUCAAAAAAACUCAAGAGAACUGUAAAAAUUUUAAAACGGAACAGUUGAAAGAGCUGAAAGACAGAGAUAGCCACCUAGAUAGAUUGCAGGAGCAGGAGAGUGAGAAGAUGGAGUUAAUGUUGGAAUGGCUUAACCAUCGUAUUCAUGGUGUAUCACAAUUCAGUUGUAAUUCUAGUGAACUCUUCGCUUUGAAGACUAAAAUUUCGAAUUUGAAGUCUAAAAUACUCCACCUGCAAAUGCUGCAGAACAUUUUCACUGAGACCAACCAGUCCAUAAAGUCUUACAGUGAAAUACACAAGGACCUAAAGGAUACAUUAAAAGAAACAGAAAAGAGGAUCAAGGAUUAUCAUGAAAUUAUAGAUAGAGAAUUUCAAUAGAACCAUGUGUCAGGUAUUGUAGGUGUUUUAUUUUUUGUUACAUUUAUCCCAUUAAUGAAGGGAUUGUAAUAA